CCUCUCUACCCGGGGCCGCAGCAGCCCGACCCCAGAGGAGGGGGUCCCAUUGGACAGGGCCUCUUUCUGCCUGGGGUUGUGUGGCUCUGGGCAGCCCUGGAGUCAGCGGGAUCUGGGUCCCUGUCCUGCCUCCUCCUCCCAGGCGGCGGCCUCUCCCAGCUUCCGUUUCCUGGCCUGUCUGAGGGCCGUGGGGCCGCGGGGCAGCCGACAGGAGCAAGCAGCCCUGGGCCAGCAGCCCCGUGGGGAGGGGCAUGGGGAGGUGAAGGUCCAGCCUGCCUGACGCGGGGUCAGGGCAGCUGGCUGCAGGCUGACCCCUGGCCGACCUCUUCCCAUUGCAGGGCGACUAUCGACGAGGUGGAGACAGAUGUGGUCGAGAUCGAGGCCAAACUGGACAAGCUGGUCAAGCUGUGCAGCGGCAUGAUCGAGGCCGGCAAGGCCUACGUCACCACCAACAGGCUCUUCGUGAGUGGGGUGCGCGACCUGUCUCAGCAAUGCCAGGGAGACACCGUCAUCUCGGAGUGUCUGCAGAGGUUUGGAGACAGCCUGCAGGAGAUGGUCAACUACCACAUGAUCCUGUUUGACCAGGCCCAGAGGUCCGUGCGGCAACAGCUCCACAACUUCAUCAAAGAGGACGUGCGGAAGUUCAAGGAGACCAAGAAGCAGUUCGACAAAGUGCGGGAGGACCUGGAGCUGUCCCUGGUGAGGAACGCCCAGGCCCCCAGGCACCGGCCCCACGAGGUGGAGGAGGCCACCGGUGCCCUGACCCUCACCCGCAAGUGCUUCCGCCACCUGGCACUCGACUACGUGCUCCAGAUCAAUGUCCUCCAGGCCAAGAAGAAGUUUGAGAUCUUGGACUCUAUGCUGUCCUUCAUGCACGCCCAGUACAGCUUCUUCCAGCAGGGCUACAGCCUGCUGCACCAGCUGGACCCCUACAUGAAGAAGCUGGCGGCCGAGCUGGACCAGCUGGUGAUCGACUCGGCCGUGGAGAAGCGGGAGAUGGAGCACAGGCAUGCUGCCAUCCAGCAGCGGACACUGCUGCAGGACUUCUCCUACGAUGAGCCCAAAGCAGAGUUUGACGUGGACGCGCCUAGCGGGGUGGUGAUGGAGGGCUACCUCUUCAAGAGGGCCAGCAACGCCUUCAAGACAUGGAACCGGCGCUGGUUCUCCAUCCAAAACAGCCAGCUGGUCUACCAGAAGAAGCUGAAGGACGUGCUGACCGUGGUGGUGGACGACCUCCGCCUGUGCUCCGUGAAGCCGUGCGAGGACAUUGAGCGGAGGGUCCAAGCCUGUGCCGGUGCCUCCGGCUGGGGAGGAGGUGCGGCCGCUGGGGGAGCCAAGGCUGGAGCCCGAAGGGGCUUGGGCGUCCACUGCUCCAAAGUGCGGUCCCUGACGCUGGACUCAUGGGAGCCUGAGCUGCUGAAGCUGAUGUGUGAGCUGGGAAACAGCACUGUGAACCAGAUCUACGAGGCCCAGUGCGAGGGGCCGGGCAGCAAGAAGCCCACAGCCAGCAGCCCCAGGCAGGACAAGGAGGCUUGGAUCAAGGACAAGUACGUGGAGAAGAAGUUCCUGCGGAAGCCUCCUCACAUGCACUGGCCACAAGGAGGGCUGAGCACCCACAGCCUCACACGCCCCCCAUCCUGCGGGCUGACCUGCCUGAGGGCGGGUGCGCAUGGGCCUGCCCGUGGCUUGUUUUGUCCCCUUUCCUCCCAUCCUCGCAGGCCGCCCCCUGCCCCCGGGGCACCCCUGGAGGAUGGUUGGGGUCUGGGGAGGAGUCGGGGAGACUCAGGACCCCCUCUGCCCACGGAUCCCGCAGGUCUGAGCAGCGACAGUGGCUUAGGGGGGAGCUCCGAUGGCAGCUCCGACGUCCUGGCCUUCGGCGUGGGCUCCGUGGUGGACAGUGUCGCUGAGGAGGGUGGGUGCCAUGCCUCCCCAGGCUCCUUGAUCGUCUGUGAAUUCCUCCUGCAAAACGGGGCGGACGUGAACCAAAGAGACAGCCGGGGGCGGGCGCCCCUGCACCACGCCACGCUCCUGGGCCCCCUGGGGGGCAGCAGCCCCACGGAGCUCCAGUACCGCAGGUGCAUCCAGGAGUUCAUCAGCCUCCACCUGGAGGAGAGCUAGGGCGGGCGGGCCUGGGAGCGGUGAGACCGGCCCCCUGGCCCAUUUCCGGAGCAUCCGGGGCCCGCAGCCUGCUCUGUCCUCCUCGGACGGGCAGGGCAGGGACCCUAGCCCCGAGUCUCCGAAGCCCCACGUCUCCCCAGAGGUGCUGACCCUAUGUCCUCAGGUGACUCCCUCGGGGCCUGGGCUGCUCCUGUCACAAACCACUCUCAAGGCUCCGGGUGCCCCUACCGCCCGGUCCCCAGGGCCAAUGUCCUUUUGUGUCCCUCUGACCUGGGGCCCAUGGCAUCUGGUGUCCCUCUGUCCAGAGGCCUGUGUCACCGUGUGCCCCCCCUUUAUUGCCCCAGACACUGACCUGCUAGUUGGGUCCCUCCUACACCCCCGGAGCCCCCGCACCAGGCCCCCCUGAGGCUGGUGGCUGGCCAUCAGCCCCGUGCCAGGGCAGAAGGGGCAGCCCAUCCAGGGAAUCAACCCGUGUACCUCACUUAGCGACCCCAGCGUCCCAGCUGGGCUUCUCGGGUGCUGGGGGGUGUGUGGCAUGGGGUCUCAGCCCUGGCUGGACGCAGGCGUC